GUAAAACAGCACUUGAUCGCCCCCUCGCGCGGACAUGACAAAUCACACUUUAGUGUGUAGUUUCACUUUUGCUGCAUGGCUUGUAAAGUGUGACGGCCUUUGAAAGGUAGCGAGAAACCGCCGUGAAACAUAUGUAAGAUGGCAGAGCCGGGCAAGACUGUGAGGGUGAGUGGUCUUCCCACAGACAUUGAGGAUAACAGGCUGAAAGACAAGCUUUGCAUCCACUUCAUGAGAGCCAGGAAUGGAGGAGGGGAAAUAAACUCUGUCACUAUUGUCAAGGCAACGCCCGUCUCUGCCCUCAUCACCUUUGAGGACAGUGGAGUGGCACAGAAAGUAAUUCAGCAUUGCAGGCACAUUCUGGAAGUGGAUGAGAAGAAGUAUGACGUUGAUGUUGUUGUUGUUACUGAGCACCGUGAAAGCCUGGACACAGACAAGGUCAUCAUAAGUUUAUCUGCAACUAUCAACCUCAGACUGCUUCCUGGGGGAAUAAUGGUCCUGACGAGCCUUCAAAAGAGCCACCCUGAUGUCCAGAUGAACUACGAUGCUACUGAGGAAUUGUGCACAUUGCAUGGCGCCUAUUCCAAAGUUCAGGCAGCUUUGGCACAACUAUUUGGCCAUCCUGAAGGCCCACAAUCAGCAGGAAUAAAAGACUCAGGUCAACCUGCCACCAGUGGCUCCAGGUCAGUCCAGAUAGCACAGAAGCCUCAUACUCAGGAGUCAGAGGAUCAGAGCAGGACAUCUUAUAAGCAAAGAGAACAACAAGAGAAAGUUCACAUUGGCAGGCCUUCUGAUGAGUACAACUCCAGCUCAAUUAGAGACCUGACACCUGGUGGUUCUGGCCGGGAAGAUAAAGGCCAGACAGAGGGUGCAGCUCUGCAGCUUCCUGUGCAUCCUACUGCAUCAGAGGAGGACUUCUCAAUAAUUGUGGAUGCCGACAUGUUCCGGUAUCUUCAGAAACACUGCCAGAAGGAAUACCAGCAUAUCCUUAGUCAGUAUGGUGUUGAUGUGGUGGAUUUGACAAUUGAGGGGUUUACUACUCUGUUUUUGCAGGUUGCAACAAGAGUAGGGGAGGGUGGUCAAGGUCAGGAGCGCCUGAAGUUAGCAAGAAAGGCAAUAAGUAGGCUUCACCAGGACAAUGAGAGCAAGGUCCGUCGAGGCCAGCUCCCCAAGAAUAUCCUGUCCCUCAAGGACGGUCUGCAAAAGGCAAUGGAGCACUUAAGUGUCAGAUUUCCUGAGCUUCUUCUGAAUGAAGAUGACCAAAAUAUUUACAUUAUUGGGAGCAGUAGUGACAUUUCUGAGGCCAAACUGUUUCUUCUGGACUCCAGCGAAGUGAGGGGUAAAAAAGAGGAUGUAUCCAGUCUUCUUAGAUCUUCUCCAUAUGAUUCAGGUUCAUCAACUCAUGCUGAUGAGCAGAGAGUCCCCCUCGACAUGUCCUCCACUGUAGAUUCUCUGGAGGAUAGGAUAGAUCAGCUGAUAAGGUCAGAAGAGGAUGCGAAGAGAGCUGAAGGAGCCACAAGGUAUAAACUAGCUGCUCGCUUUAAGGACUCAGGGCUUUCUGCAUUAGGCAGUCGACCCACUGACUUUCACCUUACGAGGGCUCUCAUCUCCCAAUAGACAAACACGACUUGGGCCAAUGUUAGGGCAUGAUGUACUGUCAGAAACAGCAGGGAUUUCUGGUCAAAGUGUCUCCAGAGCAUUAGCCCAAAACACUGGAGGGGACAUCUUGUUUAAGAGUGAAGAUGCUUUGGCAUCAACUGCUUCCAUGCAGCAUAAAACCUCCUCCAACUCACAUUCAAUUGAUACUCGACCCAAGAGUUUAACAUCCCCCCUUCACACAACUCAAUACAGCUUUUCAGGAAGUACUCCACUUUCUCCUGCUCGGUCUGGAUCCACCUUGAAGCGAGCCAGUAGUUUCUCAGGAACGCCUCUGCAGAAGGCGCAAGUUAUGAGUCAGAAGAGUCAAGACGACUCCGGCAAAUCCACAGUCAGAGCCAGAGGCAGGUCCUCUAGCUUCAGUAACCAAACAGGGAGGGACAAGCGGGAAGUCUGUAAUGCAGAGAUUACAGUUUCCAGUGUGAUGUGGAAGUACAUUAAAGAAGCAUACAACAGCCGAGUGGAAGACCUGAUUUCUGAUGUCUACAUGAAAGAGAACUACUCACAGGGCGAUGGUAGUCUGACUGUCACCUUAAGAGGGGCAAACUCAUCCAUAGUGAGUUCAUGUCGGCUAGGUUUACAGAAGCUGGUUGAUUCGGUUAGUGUAGACUUCUCUGUGCAGGCGCUGUGCCUGUCAGACCUCGGUAUCACUGACACAGCAGAUGAAACCUUACAGGCUUGUUGUGCUGAGGUGCGUAGCUUGUUCAAGAAGGUUAGCAUGCAGAUUGUUAAAAAGAACUUGUUUAUUUUAGGCCCAGGAGCGUUGUGUUCUCAGGUAGGUAUGUUACUGCAGGAGGUAUUUCCUGGAGAUUCGGCCCAAAUACCUAAACAGCAUGACUUCUCUGGCCCCUCUACCUCUGAUCGUAAUCCAUCCACAUUUUUACAAAUGAAUGAUGUCCAAAGUACCAGUUUGCAUUAUAGUAAUUGUCAGGUGAAGCUCGAUAGCAAAACAAGGAAAGCCGAUGGGACUGAUAGAAGUCAGGAAAGGAGAACGAACCAGAGAAGUGACUUGACAGAGCUGGUGAAUGGAGCUAUUAGUCAACCGUUGGUGAGGAAAGACCCUGUCAUUAAAGAGAAAGUGGAAAUUGUAGGUACAGUGGAGAUGGAUGGACAGAAGACUGAGAGAUUUGUCAACAACUCUAAAACGGUAAAUGAUGAUAGUGCGAGACAUGUGAAUGAAGUCGGGUCAACAACAACCCCUAAUGAUAAAGACCUUCACAAGAAAGUGAGAACUAUAAAUUCUACUCAGCACAGUAUGAAGCAACAACAAACAGAGAUCACCCCAGGGGAUUCCAGGUCAGAUCUGAAAGGGUGCAUCUGUGUGUGUGGUGAGAGUGAGAUGUUGACAAUGAAAACUAAGUGUGGGGCUGCCAUGUGCUCAAAGUGCCUGGACACCGUACAUGUCCACUGCAGAGUUUGCCAUGAGACACCACAGGUCAUCCACGGCAAGAUGACCUACUCCAAAAUACACGUCAGUCGCCUGUCCGGUUACACAGAAGACUCUGCGAUCAAGAUCAUUUACUGCAUUCCUGAUGGUAUCCAAGGGGAGGAUCACCCUUCUCCAGGAGAACCAUUUCAAGGAGGUACUUUUGAAGCCUACCUUCCCGACAGCGCGAAGACGAGGAAGUUGGUGCACAGGCUGAAAAAAGCAUUUAAUCAGGGACUCACCUUCACUGUGAGGGACACAGACACAGGGGCCAGGGUCACCUGGAACUGCAUCCCACACAAGACCACCCUACAUGGAGGCAAAUCAGGGAACGGUUACCCAGAUUCUUUGUACUUGACUCACUUGUCUGAGGUCUUGACCUCCAACGGGAUUGAGGAGCCACCAGCCAAGUCUUAAGAACAAAAGCAAUCUGAGGAGGACUUCUUAAGCUGUUAUAUCAUUUUGCACUAUAUUUGCAAGUUCAUGAUGUCUAAUAAUGUAUAUAGAGAUUGACAUAUUUUUAAGAUAAUAGGUUUAUAGCUCUCAUUGCAGCCAUUUUGGAUUUUUAAAUGUUAUAACCUUCCUCGCAGUAGCUUUUUUCAAGAUAGAUGAUUCAAGGUAUAUUUUUACAAACUGAGUGUAAAUGACAAAUGUGACCAACCACCCAUUGUUUCACUUAGCGUUCCUGAACGUUGUAUCACUGUCUCAGCUUUAUAUUGUAAAAAAGAAUUGCAUACUAUUUUGUAUAGUGUGCAUGGUACCAUAUAGAUAUACAUUUGCACAGUUUUGUUUACGCAAAUGAAAAGUGCGCUUAUAUAUAAAAUGUAUUAUUAUUAUUUUGUACUUUCCUGUGUAAUUUAAAGAACCAGGAAAAACAGGAGGACAUUUGUUGAAUAGUUAUUUUGUAAAGAUCUGUGUUUGUGUCUCUUUUUUCAGAAUGGGCACAUAAAUAAAAAAGCACAUCUCCUGACA